GCGCCAUGAUUGAAACUCCAUUAAUCAGAAACCGAUCCCACACCACCCUUCAGUUCAGAUGUUUUCCUGAGCUAAGAGAGUACCACUGGAUCCUGGCACUUCUGUCCUCUCUUUGCUUCCUGUCUGUGCUGCUAGGAAACUCAGUGCUGGUGUAUGUUAUCCGCAGGGUGCAGCAUCUAUACAGCCCCAUGUACUUCCUCAUCUGCAUGCUGUGCGUUGUAGACAUUCUAGUGGUCACCACCAUCCUCCCCAACAUGCUUUUCACCCUGCUCUUCAACUGGAACCGCAUUUCGCUGGUUGGCUGCCUCAUCCAGAUGUUCUUCACACACUUCCUCUCCUCCCUGGAGUCCACUCUGCUGCUGGCGAUGGCGCUGGACCGCUAUGUGGCCAUCUGCAAGCCGUUGCGCUACACAGACAUCAUGAAUUUGUCCAUGUUCCUAAAGAUGCUUUUCUUCACUCUCUUGCGCAGCCUCUCCAUCAUGUCAACAUUAGUGGUUCUUGCCAGUUCUCUUUGGUUCUGCAGCUCCAACUCCAUUCAGCACUGUUACUGUGACCACAUGGCGCUGGUCAGCCUGGCAUGUGGCAGUACAGAAAAGAACAAUGCAGCUGGAUUGGCGGUGAUCAUCUGUUUCGUUGGUGUGGACAUCCCUAUUAUCUUCUUCUCCUACAUGAAGAUCCUGAAGGUCGUGCUUCGCGCUGCAGCGGGUAGUGAGGCCCGUCUGAAGGCAAUUCACACCUGCAGCACCCAUCUGAUGGUUAUGAUGUGUUUCUACCUGGUGGGCACCAUCAGCUUCUUGUCCCACAACCUUAACCUUCCCUUAGAGACAGGCAUCAAUACCCUUAUGGGUGUGAUGUACAUCCUGAUCCCAGCAACGGUCAAUCCCAUCAUCUAUGGAGUUCGCACCAAAGAGAUCCGUCAUGGUCUUCAGAGGCUGUUUAAACUCAGGGAAAAAAAGAUCCUGACUUUAAAAAUUUCCCCGUCUGGAAAAGGACAAGCAUGAUGGACAGAGGAGUUAGGUCAAAAACGUUAUUGAUAAUUGAGUCUAUCCCUUUAGAUGCAAUGAGAUAAACCUCUGGCUUUAAGAGGUUUAACUUCAAUAAUUCCCCUCUUACAUUCCCAAAAGUGUUUGCUAAUCUGCCUUUACAUGCACAUGAACUUGACUGACACACUUUCAACACAUAGGGACUAUGAUUUCAUAUCAAACUUUUCAACGAUAAUAGUUUUGGAAAAGUUUUAAA